AAAAAGAAGCAAUACAUAUAGAUAGAACAGAGUAAAGUUGAAACCAAGGGAUGGGGCUGGCCUAACUCCUCCGUAGAAGAAAAAGACUUGUUUUACUACUUACUAGGGACCUGCUCAAGUAUAGACAGCUUGUUACAUCUCUCAUGCCUGUGCGCGCAGCCGCAGUCAGCCAUGCACGUUUUUUAUUACAUUUUAGCAAAACCAACACGCCAUCUUCACCUUUAUCCCAUCUAUCUAUAAUAUAAAGGCAGCACAAUAAUGAUCAGCUAUUCUCUCCAUCUUCCUAACAUUUCAGUAAUUCUUUUGAUCUCUUUGUUAAGUGAAAAUGCCAAGCUUAAAGUACUCUAGCUGUUUCAUAUUCUUUGUUGGUAUGUUUUCAGUUUCAUUAGCUACGCUUAAGGUUGGCUUCUAUAAAUCAACCUGUCACUCUGCAGAGUCUAUUGUGAGAAAAGCUGUGGACAAGGCUGUGUCCAGGAACCCGGGUAUAGCUGCUGCCCUGAUUAGGAUGCAUUUCCAUGAUUGUUUUGUAAGGGGCUGUGAUGCCUCUGUCCUUUUGGAUUCAACACCAGGUAGACCAUCAGAGAAGGAACAUCCGGCUAACAAACCAAGCUUGAGAGGCUUCGAAGUGAUUGAUCAAGCAAAGGCUGAAAUUGAAGCAAAAUGCCCUCGAACAGUUUCAUGUGCAGAUAUCAUUGCAUUUGCCGCGCGUGACAGUGCCUACAAAGUUGGUGGUAUUAAAUAUGUAGUGCCUUCAGGGCGCCGCGAUGGAAGAGUUUCACUAAGAGAUGAGGGCUUCGGAAACCUCCCCCCACCUUUCUUCAAUGCCAAGCAACUGGAAGAAAAUUUUGCACGAAAAGGCCUUAACCUUGACGAAAUGGUGACACUUUCUGGGGCACAUUCCAUUGGUGUUUCACAUUGUUCUUCUUUCUCUGAUCGUUUAUACUCUUUCAAUGAAACUCACCUACAGGACCCUUCAUUGGAUCCAGAAUUUGCUAGGCAAAUGAGGAAAAGGUGCCCCAGACCUGGAUCAAGCCAUGAUCCUACAGUGCCACUUGAUGUUCUUACACCACACAGGCUAGAUAAUAAGUACUAUACAGUUUUGAAGAACCAUCAUGGCUUGUUAACAUCUGAUCAAACUCUUCUAAGCAGUCGCGCCACAGCAAAAAUAGUAAGGGAGAAUGCAAGGCAUGGUAAAGCAUGGGCCAGAAAGUUUGCUGCAGCAAUGAUUAAGAUGGGUUACAUUGAAGUGCUCACAGGGUCAAAGGGUGAGAUCAGGAAGAAUUGCAGGUUUGUGAACUGAAAAUUGUUUGUGGCCUAAGGUGGGAGAGAUUAUGGAGUUGUUUUAUGGUUAGUUUUUUAAUCAUGAUUUGAUUACAUGUUUCAUUCUAAUGCUGUCAAGCGUAAAUUUGUUUGAAAGUCAUCUUUAUUCUUUCCAAGUGUAAAUUUGUAAGUCUUUGGUUAUAUUAUCAUGCGUAGAAACACAUGGAAUAAACUAAUAGUUUGUUGGACAAAUGUAAACACAAGUGUUCCGACUUGAAGUUCAACUUCAACAUUUGAUAUUCUGAUUGAUUGUAUAAAUUUAAAGGA